UAAAUUCUGGCUGCCAGACAAGGCAAGAUGGGCAGCCAAAAGCAGGGCAUGGUUGUUUGCGUCGACUUGUCCUUGUCUGUUCUGCACGCCCCAAAAGGAGCGAUAACAUGCUGCCGGUCGUUGUGACAGUGGAGAGAGCCAUCAAGCUGGAACAUACUCAAGUGCUGUCAUUCACCACGGCGACGGCAUGCGAUCCGUCUCGACCCCAGCCAGCCCGACACACAGAAAAGCCCCAUGACGAAAUGUCCGCCAGAACGCACGGGCCUCUGUCACGUGCUGCAGCCGCGCUACCGACACGACUCACGCCUAUCGUGCAUGGAGACAAUAUCAACCUCGUCCAGAACUGCAUCCACCUCAGCCUCUGUCGUCCACACGCCAAGUGUGUAGACACGUAUACAAGGAAACAGAGGCUACGAGAAGAGUACACACCUGCAACGUCCGCGGCGACUCGCGCCCGAGACACCGUCAUCAUGUCCAAGAUAGACAGAAUGCAGAUACAGGGCAUCCGAUCUUUCGGUCCCGGAAGAGGAGGCGAAACCAUCCGCUUCAACACGCCCCUCACCUUGAUUGUGGGCUGGAAUGGUUCCGGCAAAACUACCAUCAUCGAAUGCCUGAAAUAUGCCACCACCGGCGAGCUGCCGCCAAACAGCAAGACUGGCGGUGCUUUCAUCCAUGAUCCCACUUUGCGUAACGAGAAGGAAAUGAUGGCCCAGGUAAAACUGGCCUUUCAAUCCACGUCUGGGGCGAACAUGGUUGCAACUCGAAGCAUGCAAGCCACCGUUAAGAAAUCCACUCGCACCCAGAAGACGCUGGACGGCUGUUUGGAGAUGAGGCGUGACGGUAUCAAGGAAACCAUUUCCUCCCGUGUCGCCGAACUCGACAGCAUCAUCCCCAUGUACCUCGGCGUCUCCAAAGCUAUUCUGGAGAACGUCAUCUUCUGCCACCAGGAUGACAGCCUCUGGCCCAUGAGUGAAUCAGGCAAUCUGAAGAAGAAGUUUGACUCCAUAUUUGAGGCAGACAAAUAUACCAAAGCCAUCGACAACAUCAAAAUAAUCCGGAAAACCCAAGCCAGCCAGCUGGCUGUGUUCAAAGCGAACGAAGCGCAUGCCAAAGAGAACAAAAUCCGAGGAGAAGCCAGUGAGAAGAAGCAAGCAAGCCUUGCAGCCUCAAUCCAAGAAAAGACGGAAGAGUAUGAAAAAUUCGAGGCUCUGUGCAGUGAAGCUCAUGUGAAAUCUAGCGAGGCCUUCGCAAGGGCUGCCAGGUUUGAGCAGAUCAUCGGCGAACUGAACAGUAAACGGAUUGCAUAUCAGACCAACGAGGAGAAUAUCGUUUCAUUGGAAGAAAACCUCAAAAUGAUGGCCGAGACGGAUGAGGAGCUCGAGUCAAUGCUGGAGAGAUACGAGGAGCGUGUUCAGCAUUUCACCAAACAGACAGACGAGCUGAAAGGCCGCUAUAGCACUAUGCAGGACAGUCUCCAACGGAACCGCAACGCUCUUGGAACAAAGCAGAGCGAGAUCGGCAAAUUCGAAGCCGAGCGAGACCAGCAUGAUCGUAAUGUGCAGAGACGGGAGGCUCUGGUCAGGGAGGCUGCCAAAAGGCAUGGGAUUCGUCACUAUGACUAUGAUUUGGACGAUGCAAAAGUUGCCGAGUUCCUGCAACAGCUGUCAAAGCUGUCGCGGGACCAGGACAAAACACUCGAGCGUGCCCGCAAGGAUGCCCACAAAGAACUGCAGGUAGCACAAGCCGAGAUCAGUCGCUUGGGAGAACAAAAGUCUACCCUAGUCUCUCGUAAAGAAAUGGCCAAGUCUCAAAUCGCGACAAACGACAGCCGCAUUUCCGAACUACAAACCACUAUGAACAAAAUCAGGGUCGACGAUGGUGCCAUUGCAAUCUUCGAGGCGAAGAAGAACGACACGGAAAAAGAGCUGGAACAAGCCAUUGUUUCGGCGGAUCAGGCUCGGUACGAUGAACGUGUACAGCAAGCGGAGCAAGCGGGACACGACAUGGACAUGAGAAAGGAACGACUAGAAAAUGAGCUUGUUGAUGCUACCAAAUCCGCUAGCGAGUCUGCUCAAAUCGACUUCGCCCAGAACAAACUCAAAAAUUCAAAACAUAGUCUCGACACAAUGAAGAACGUUCAUUCUACUCGUAUUUCGCAACUUGUUGAUCCUGAUUGGGAGCUGGCAACGCUGGAAGACGCCUUCAAUCACGCUCUUGGUCAAAGGCAGCGUGCAGUCAAGGAGGCAGAAUCACUACGAGAAAUUGAUCAGAGCAAGCUCGAUAAGGUUCACUACAACAAAUCCACCACGGAAUCCAAUCUCAAGAAAAAGGAGUCGGAGUUUCAGAGAUGCGAGAGAACUGUUUUGGACGCUGUUAACAAGGACGACAUCGCCGACUUCGAGGAGGCCCUGAGAGACAUCGAAGAGGAGUAUGAUAUGGUGUCGUCAGAUAAAGCCAAAUUUGAGGCUCAGGUGGAUUACAUGCAACAAUGUCUUGAGACCGCAUUCAAGCAUAACGCAUGUCGUCUUUGUCGUCGAUCAUUGAAAGAUGACAGAGCUGAGGAUUUUACUAAAGCUGCAUUUAUCAAGAGUCUGGAGGACAUUAUUGCAAAGGCCAAGGGGAAAACUGCGCCAGAGGAGGUGGAGGAAUUAUUUGCUGAAGUGGAAAGUGCUCGAGACGCGAAACCCAGCUACGAGUCAGCCCUGCGUGCUCGAGACGAAGAGAUUCCUGCUCUACAGGCGGAGCUUGAGAAAUUGAACGCCGAGCGCGACACUCUGAAUAAGCAACUAGAGAAGCAUGAUGGCAUCAUUCACGAUCUUGAAACCGCCAAACAGGAAGUAGAGUCCUUAUCCAUGGACGUUCAAUCGAUUGCGAAGUACUACACUGAGGUACAGGAACUGGAAUCUCAGAUUGCUAGCCUCCAGAAAAAGCAGAAACUGGGAGGUCUUUCGAGGGGCAUCGAAGCAGUACGAGCUGAUCUCCAAAAAGUCACCGAAGAGAACCGUAGUGCCAAAGCCGCUUUGAGCAAUCUGACUAAUGAGCGAGAGAAAUCACGAAAGCUCAUCAACACUCUGGAAAUCCGCAUUCGGGAUUACAAUGCAGAUCUCACAGCCGCCCAAGCUAGUCUGAAGGAAAAGCAGGACUUGGGUGGACGUAUCGAAGAGUUGCGCACUUCCAACACAACCCAAAAUGGCUCGAUCCGCUCAGUAGACGAAGAAAUCCAGACUUUGACUCCAGAGAUAGAAACUGCUCGGAUCAAGUACGAUGAUACGAACCGACGCGGCAACGAGCGCGUUCAGCGAAUCCAUGACGAAGCCGCGAUGUUGUCAGACAGUGUCCGCCAGCUAGCCGAUAAAGAGCAAGAGAUCGAUGCUUAUAUCGACAAAGGUGGGAUGCACUUGCUGUCUCGUGCGGAAAAUGAAUUGCAACAUUAUCAGUCGGAAAUUCGGCGAGUUGAAGAGGAUAUGGUGCAGAUCACCAGAGAGGUCAAACGCAUAGAGAAGGAAUCCGGUAGCACUGAGCAGACCAAACAGUCCAUUUUCGACAACCUGCGGUAUAGGAGAGCCAACCGAGUGCUCCAAACUCUAGCCGAAGAAAUACAGCACCUGGAAUCGAAGAAUGCAGAGAACGACCAAGCACAUUGGAAUGCUGAGGGACAGCACUGGCGCGAGCAGCAAGUAGAUCUCAAUAGUCAGGCGAUUCAGGCUCGCAGUGCCGCUGAGACUACCCAAAUACAGCUCACCCAACUCGUGGAAGAGUACAAGCAAGAGUACGAGGAUGCUGCUAGGAAUUAUCGCGAGAUGCAUAUCAAAGUGGAAACUACCAAAGCUGCUUGUGAGGAUCUGGCUCGCUACGGCACGGCUCUCGAUCAGGCCAUCAUGAAAUUUCAUUCAAUCAAGAUGGAGGAGAUCAACCGAAUCAUAGAAGAGCUGUGGCGCAAUGCCUAUCAAGGCACCGAUGUAGACACUGUGAAGAUUGUCUCGGACAAGGAAACCGCUCGUGCUAACCGUCAAUACAACUACCGCGUUGUCAUGAUAAAGAGUGGAGUGCCCAUGGAUAUGCGUGGACGCUGCAGCGCGGGUCAGAAAGUUCUUGCUUCCAUCAUUAUCCGCCUGGCACUUGCCGAGUGCUUUGGCGCAAACUGUGGACUGAUUGCUCUUGAUGAGCCGACCACCAAUUUGGACCAGCAAAACAUCCAGGGUCUUGCUGAGUCGCUCAGUCAGAUCAUUCGUGUGCGCAGAAAGCAGAAGAACUUCCAACUUCUCGUCAUCACGCACGACGAACAAUUUCUCCGUGAGAUGAACUGCGCAGAAUGGACCGAUGUGUACUGGCGUGUGGGCCGCGAUGCAUCGCAGCAGUCGUAUAUUGAGCGACAGAAUAUUGCUGAGGUAUACACUCUCCCCAAUCUCCUAGAUGGGCGAUCCGAUAGGACCGCUGGUUGGAAGCGCGCAAUUCUCACAGACGAGCUAACAAUAUGA